AUGGGCGCGAUAACUCUGCUGUCGCCCGACACAUACAACAAACUCAAAGUGUCGAAUUUCAGCGACAGUUCGAGUGAUGCAGGCACACCUCACUAUUCAUUCGACAAAGGACCAUUCGAAAUCGACUACUAUGACGAAGACGACGACGAAGUCACGUACACAGGGCACUCUCUGCUACACAACAUUCUAUUGGGCUUAUUUUACUUCGUAGCCAUGCUGGCUGCGCUUUACUUCUUCAUGGUCGCAGUCAAGUUUAUCGAGUCUGGAUUCACGGUUGCAUUGGGUUGCGAUGCUAAGAGAGCUUUCACUAUUGCCGACAACCCAUUGGCAGGUCUCGUCCUUGGUCUUGUGUCAACCGCUUUACUCCACAGCUCUAGUACUAUCACCUCCACCACAGUAGCAUUGGUCGCUACACAGGGAUUAACGAUUCGUCAAGGGGUUUUCAUCGUCAUGGGGGCUAACAUCGGCACUUGCGUGACUUGUAUCGUGGUGGCAUUCGGUCAGAUCCAGACCCGCUCGCGCUUCCAGCGAGCCAUGGAGACAGCUACAGUACAUACGAUGUUCAACUUGUGGUCCGUCUUCGUCAUGUUCCCUUUGGAAGUAAUAUCUCAUCCACUGGAGAAGCUGUCAGUGAUGAUGUCCAAUGCGAAAGCUUCGAGUGGAAGCUUCGCCAGUCCCGUGGACGCAGUGGUGAAGCCCUUUGCAAAUUUGUUGAUCCGUGUAGACACACAAACCAUUCUCGACAUCACAUCCGGUACGAAAGAGUGCACGAGUGAAGUAUCAUUGCUAUCGGGAGGUGCGUUCGAAGGCACUUCGUUGAGCGAUGGUCAGAUCGGAGCUAUCGUGGUUGUCAUCGGCUUCCUGAUGCUUGCAGCUUCAUUAAUCUGGUUCAUCCAGAUGCUUGCAAAGGUGUUUCUGGGUCCGACAAAAGUGCUGGUUUCAAGAAUGCUUGCCUUUAAUGGCUACGUUAACAUCCUCGCAGGAGCAAGUAUCACUUUUGUGGUACAGUCAUCGACGGUAGUAACUUGUACAUUCACACCUAUGGCUGGUCUUGGAGUUUUCACGCUUGAACAAGUGUAUCCGCUGAUUCUCGGUACAAAUCUGGGUACGUGUGGCACAGCGCUUCUAGCUUCGUUAGUAGUUGGAGACAAACAGGCUGUGGCUGUAGCACUCGCGCAUCUGUGGUUUAACAUCUCUGGCAUCAUUCUCUUCUACCCGAUACCGUUCAUGCGACGUCCAGUCUUGAGUUGGGCUCGAUCCAUCGCGUUCUUCAGUGCAUCAUGGGCAGCAGUGGGUGUAUUUUUCAUUUUUGGGACCUAUUUGGUGCUGCCAGGCAUGCUGAUUGGACUUGAGCAGCUUUGCACUGCGAGUAAGACCGGUUUAAAGACUCUAGGAUACAUCUUGUCAGGUAUUGGAGGUGCUUUAGUCGUUUGUGGGUUCUUCUGGUACUAUGCUAGAGGUGGUAGACAUCGAUGGCAUAUUUUGCUCGAGCACAAGUACGCCGACCGUGAAGAGCGUCGACGACGAGAAGAAACAGCCAUGCUGUCGGAGUUAUAAGGACGUUGCGAGAGGUUUGAAUCGCUUCGAUGUGGAGUCAUUUAUUUGGUUUUAGCAUCGCAAACAAUCCAAAUAUUUUACGUUUGCAAGUAAAAUAUAGUUGAUGUUGAGCUCAGCUCGAAAUUGUGCGGCCAGCUAAAUCUGCUUCGAGCUUGGAUACACGGA